AUGGAACACACCAAAGCGUCUGCCGCUCUCGCAAAAUAUGCUAAGGGUCAGCAGAUGGUGCUUCGACCAUUCCUGAAUGCAGGCGCCCCCCAUACUACCGGCAUGUGCCACGGACCGCAAGGAACCAAUUCAAGAGGCCGCACAUUUGACGAUUACGUUGCUAAGCACCCUAUGAAUUUGAAUCUAAACACAUUCAAUGGUUUCGAUGACAAGGAAAUGGCCGUGCUUGAAGUUGUCGACACACUUUCUGGCGGAAUGGCCUAUGGUAGACAAAUCACCCUCUGCAAGGCUAUCGCGACGCCGGUUUCCGAUGAGGGGCGUUCGCGCAUGCCAAUCUUCGCUGAAAAGCACCAGUACGUCGUGGCUGUGGCCGAAGACGCAGCCUUGGAUGAUGAUUCAUUCUGGGCCGACAACCAUCUGUGCCGCAAGGUUGCCAGGCUUGAAGAACUUCACAAGCGCACGAAAACCGGUCUGGGAACCAUCCAUCCGGACUACUACGGCACGUGGAUCUUAGAGACCAAUGACAACGCGGAAAAAUUCCCCGAGGGAAGGAGAUAUGUCGGCAUCAUUCUCAUGGAACAUCUGGAGGGCCGGACCAUCGAGGAGCUAUGCACCCGCGAGCCAGCACCCAAAGAAGAAGUUGGUGAUCUUAUCGCUCCUUCUGUCCCGACCACAAUUCUUGCAGCUGACGGAACCGAGCACAUACUCGACGUGACACGUACCGAAGUCCGCAAUCAUAUCGUAAAGCAAAUUAUGCACGGUACUGUCAACAUGUUACAUAUCGGUAUACACUGGCACGUAGAUGCUGCCGACGUUUUGGUGGUUUCCCGCCGCAGAGGUGAGAUACUGGAUAAGCCUCAAGCUGUGAUGCUUGAACUUCUGGUCGGCAAUAGGUUCACCCACAACGACUUCGAGGACUUUGACGGCUGGUAA